AUGCAGACAAAAUCAGUGGUAGUCCCCAUAGUUAUUUUCUUGAUUUUCUGGCUCUACUUGUUCCAAUAUACUUUACAUAAGAGUUAUGAUACAGACUUCGACAGCAAUGAACUCAACGUGUUGGAGGAGCAAGCUAGGCUCCUCCAAAAAUUGUUGACAAAAGAAAAACAAGAGCUUGAGCGUAUGAAGUUGAUGUUGAGCUCGUUCAAAUCUGCUAAUAAGAAUGACGCUGUUCGCAAAGUUGAGCAUGUUGAUCGCACGUGGCAUCAACCAAUCCCUGUGUUGGUAUUUGCUUGUAAUCGACCUAAUGCUGUGAAAAACCAUCUAGAAAAGCUAUUGAAACUUCGACAGUCCAAAGAACGUUUUCCUAUUAUUGUGAGCCAAGAUUGCGAUGAUGACGGAGUGAGGAAAGUAGUAGAACAAUAUGGAUCAGAUGUUGAAUAUAUUAAACACGUAAGCGGCCAAAAAGCUAAAAUUGAAAUACCAAGUAACCAUAGGAUGUACACUACUUACUAUUACAUAGCCAGACACUAUAAAUUAGCUUUGGAGUACAUUUUCGAAAAGAGAGGCUUCUCAAGUGUUAUCAUAACCGAAGACGACCUGGAUGUUGCGCCUGAUUUCUUAGAGUUUUUCUCUUCCACCCGUUAUCUUCUGGACAAAGAUCCUCAGCUCUGGUGUGUCUCAGCUUGGAAUGACAAUGGAAAGAUUUCUAACAUUAAUUCGAAAGCUGCUGCAAAGCUCUAUCGCAGUGACUUUUUCUCUGGAUUAGGAUGGAUGAUGGCCAGAAAAACCUGGGACGAGUUGGGCUCAAUAUGGCCGAGCGGUUUCUGGGACGACUGGAUGAGAGACCCUCUAAGAAGAAAAAACCGACAAUGUAUUCGUCCUGAAGUGAGUAGGACGGGUAUGACAGUUGAUGGGAAAGAUGGAGCAAGCAAAGGUCAAUUUUUCGGUAAACAUCUUGCGAAAAUAGUCGUGAAUAGAAACUAUGUGAAUUUCACAAACUUGGAUUUGGAUUACCUUCUUCAAGCCAAUUACGAUUCUGCUUUCGAGAACGAAGUCUUCGUCAAGAGUCAGUUGAUGGGGAUCGACGAGACUAUUCGCUUUUUGAAGAAUCCAACUAAUCGAAAAAUCGCAAUUCGUGUGGAGUAUAAUGGGAAUAUUGAUUACAUUCAUAAAGCGGAUAAGUUGAAAAUUAUGCAUGAUUUCAAGGCUGGAGUUCCCAGAACAGCUUACAAGGGAGUAGUAACAUGUUUUAAAAAUGGAAUUUGGGUGUACUUGGCUCCCGAUAGAAAAGUUAUUACUGGAUACAAUACAUCGUGGGAAGUUCCUUCAAACAUUGCCGAGUAA